AUGGGCCUCCCCUACUCCAAAGAGAUCCAUUCGGCCUUUGACCAAGUCACGCCGCUCGUCGCAGCAGGAUUCGAAGUGCUUCAGACGACCAAAGACAUUGCCAUCCUGCUGGCCAUCAUCCAGGUCGUCACAGUCAUCACAUUGAUUUUGAUCCUGCUGGCCCUGCUGGCCUUGCUGUUGACGGUGAACCCAGACCUGGCCAGGGAAAGAGAGCAGCUGGUCACCCCUGCCAUGCGAUGGCUCGCCAGUUGGGUCUUCAAAUACGGCGCACCUGCGAAAACCCUUCUCAAGAUCACCUUUGUGACUGGUGGCCUGGUGUCCGGGUACGCCGUUUGGCAAGGCCUAGCCACCGGGCACAGCGAACCCACGGGCGAUGAGAACAAGUCUGAAGAGACGGAGGAAAAAGCAGAAGAGGACAAGGCCAAGGGUAAAGCAAAGGACGGUGACAAUACCGAUGAGAAGAAUGGAAAGGAGGGAAAUAAGAAGAAGUAA